UAGUUACAUACCUUACAAAUAAUUUAAAUAGUUGACACCUUUAAUAAAUUUGCACAAAUACAAAAAUGAAAAGAAAAACUGCUAAAGUGAUUUAGGGAAACAAAACUUGACAACCAGCAUCAAAUUGUGUCAGUGCAAUUUUUCUCCAUAUAAAUAAGAAAUAUGGGAUAAUUUUCUUGCUAACAGUAAACACUGCAAAUAAUCGUCCAUCUUGAAAAUAUGCACUCUAUCAGUUCUUUAUAAAUUUUGGACACUGAACAUGUUAGUGUCCGAUGCAGUGACAACACUAAUGCAGCAUGCUCUCUGUGUGAAUCCAACACAACCCUCUUGGCUCAAGACACAGGCAGAUUUACAUUUUGCACAUGCCCAGUAUUCUGGUGCUAUGCACUGUUACAUGGAGGCAGCCUUGGUGGCGUCAGACUAUUUCUCCCGUCCCGUCCCCAAGACCAUCCUUGAUGACCAAGUGUACAAGAGGCUCAUCAAGAGCUGCAACUUUCUGCAGUGUUACACACAGGUAGGGGGCGUUGAUAGGACUAUUUUUAAGAUUCAGGAUGAGAAAAAAAUGAAUUAAAAGCUGAAUUAAAGCCACAUUUUAAUACUAAUUUUCAUAGACAAACAAUUCUUAAUAUCUUAUCUUAAUAUCCUCUCUUCUUGACUGUAUUAUUUCAGUUUCAAUGGU